AUGAGCUAUUCAUUGAUAGGGCCCCUUGUGCUUGCGUACGACGGUUUCAGUUCUAAGAAGCUACCCGGCCUCGCAGAAAUAUGCUUGCCAUCGGAAUUUCACGUUGGGGAUAUCGUACAGUGGAAGCAAAAUGCUAUCGAGAUUUACUGGGAAUUUUUUGUGAGGUAUCAGUACCAUGAGAGAGAAUGGGCCAGAUGCAUGGCAUGCGGCGAUAAUGUGUUUGGCUACGUCGGACCAACCACUACCGAAAAUAAAGAGUUCGCUGAUGAAUCUCGCAUCAAAUAUGACGACUGGAUCCCACUCCAGCACCAUAUGUCCUUCAUGAAAGGGAACGUAACGGAGGUGAGCAACUCCUGUUGUGGGGUCAAAUAUGCCUGGGAAACACAUCUCUCGAAAUCUGCACUGAAGAUGGCACACUAA